GCGGGUGUGCCCGGCGCGCGGAGGAAGAACUUGGAAGAUGUCUGUGUUCUGCACUGUGAAAGCUGAGUCCAGACAGCUUUUAAAGGAAAGUUCUAGCAGACAACAGAUAAGAUACUGGAGCCUGAAAGAAUACAUAGAGUUUUUGAAACAAGAAGUGUGAACCAAGUCUUUCUACUACCCAGGCCCCUGCCUGUGCAACAUGAUAUGUAAAACUCAUGAUGUCAAUACAACUGUAUUUGCAGCUGUCAUCUAUUUCAGAAUUUCUAAGAAUUAACUCUGGGCUUUUAUUGAUCACAAAGGAAGAAGGAGGCAAAAUGAAGUAACACACAGGAUUCAAACAGCCAUUAUACAGAUUCCAAGGUCACCAUCAAAACCCACCAUAAAAGCUAUUGAAGCCAAAAAGUUCCUAAUGAAGAAAAGAGAAGCAGAGCACCAGGCAUCUGUAGAAAGUCUGUGGCGUGAAUACACACCGGUCUGCUGUGACAAAGUACAGCUGAGUUAAAGCGCAACACAAGGAUUAACAGAGAUCCUCGCUGUGGCUUGGAGCAUGCAGAUCUUGAAGGAAAACAAAAUCUAGAGAAAUGCACUUAGCGUAAAGGCAGCAAGGAGAAAAAACCGAUAGUUGACAGGGGGAAAGUCACAACACUGCACUUCAGCCAGAAGAUUUGGAGUCAAAGGUUUCUGAAAUCAGCGAAGACUGCCUGAGAACAGCGCGUGCCUGUGAAGUGAUCUGACAUGCAUGGAAGAGAGGAGUAAAAAGCUUCCUUAUGUACAUGAAUCCUUUAGAUGGUGAGAGUUUUUAGGAGAGUUUCAAGCUCAGUUCUGUAAAAUCAAUAGGAGCUAAGAGCAUAAUUACUAUGAUGGAGAAGUGAGCCCCUGAUCUGACAUUUCCUCCUGAGGAGAAGCAGACGUCAUGAAGCGGAGAUUCAUUUCAUCAGUUCAAAUUAUUUUGCAGCUUGCUCUGACUGCAGCAGGUCUGACUGGUCAGUCGUACCCUGGGAAACCUAAGAUAAUAAGAUGUCGUUCCCUAGAAAAGGAGACCUUUUCUUGUUGGUGGAAGCCUGGCUCAGAUGGAGGACUUCCUACCAACUACACCCUAUUCUACAGCAAGGACAGUGAAGAAAAAAUCUAUGAAUGUCCAGACUACCAAGCAUCAGGUCCCAAUUCCUGCUACUUUGAUAAAAACCACACUAACCCCUGGACAACAUAUAUUAUCACUGUAAUGGCAACGAAUGAGAUUGGAAGUAACAGCUCAGACCCUCAGUAUGUGGAUGUAACCUCCAUAGUUCAGCCAGAUGCUCCUGUGAACCUCUCUCUAGAAACAAAAACAUCUGCUAGCAUAACAUACCUUUGGGCAAAAUGGUCUCCACCUCCGUUAGCUGCUGUCAGCUCUAAUUCACAUGUAUAUCACUAUGAGCUACGACUUAAACCUGAGGAAAAGGAAGAGUGGGAGACAGUAUCUGUUGGAGUGCAGACACACUUCAAGGUGACCGGGUUACAAGCUGGGGUGAAGUACAUUGUUCAGGUCCGUUGCAUGUUAGACCUUGGAGAAUGGAGCGAGUGGAGCUCUGAAAGAAACAUCCAGAUCCCCAAUGGAGAGUCACCUCCUGAAAAACCUACCAUAAUAAAGUGCCGUUCUCCUGAAAAGGAAACGUUUACUUGUUGGUGGAAACCUGGUUCAGAUGGAGGACAUCCUAUUAACCACACUUUGCUUUACAGCAAAGAGGGAGAAGAAAAAGUUUAUGAAUGUCCAGAUUACAAAACUGCAGGCCCCAAUUCGUGUUACUUUGAUAAAAAACACACCUCUUUCUGGACCAUAUACAAUAUUACCGUGAGGGCAACUAAUGAAAUGGGAAGUAACGUCUCUGAUCCUCAUUAUGUGGAUGUGACUUACAUAGUACAGCCAGAUCCUCCUGUGAAUAUAACUCUGGAAUUAAAAAAGUCAGUAAAUAGAAAACCAUAUCUGGUCCUGACAUGGUCUCCACCUCCACUAGCUGAUGUCAGAUCUGGAUGGCUUACUCUUGAAUAUGAAUUGCGACUAAAGCCUGAAGAAGGAGAGGAAUGGGAGACUAUUUUUGUUGGACAGCAAACACAAUGUAAAAUGUUUAGUUUAAAUCCUGGAAAGAGGUACAUUGUACAGAUUCACUGCAAACCAGACCACCACGGAUCAUGGAGCGAGUGGAGCCCAGAAAUGUACAUUCAGAUUCCUACUGAUUUUAGAGUAAAAGAUAUGGUUGUGUGGAUCAUUGUUGGUGUCCUGUCAUCUCUAAUUUGUUUAAUCAUGAGCUGGACAAUGAUUUUGAAAGGGUACAGAAUGAUGGCUUUUAUCCUACCACCAGUUCCAGGACCAAAGAUAAAAGGCAUAGAUAAACAUCUGUUAGAGACAGGAAAAUCUGAAGAAUUACUGAGUGCUCUUGGUUGCCAUGGUUUCCCUCCAACAUCAGACUGUGAGGAACUACUGAUAGAAUAUCUGGAGGUAGAGGACAGUGAGGAUCAGCAACUCAUGCCAAGCCAUGACACUCCCAGUAAAAAUACAAAAAUGAUACCCAAAGAAACAGACAGUGACUCGGGCCGAGGAAGCUGUGAUAGCCCUUCUAUGCUCUCUGAGAAGUGCAGGGAGUCCCGUGCCCUUCCAUCAACACUUCAAACACAAGACGUAAGAGCUGUUCAAGAAAAUAAAGGAGCAAAAAGGAGCUGGGAAACUAAGUGUGUAGCCUCAGAACAGCAAACACUCCUUUUUAACAAUGAGACUACAAAGUCAUCCACAUGGCCUGCAGUUCAGUUACCACCUAAUAAUCAACUCCCUAUGUUUGCCUACCACAGUACUGUGGAGGCACACAAGAUAAUACUGAGUACCACAAAUGUGAAUGUUUCACCAGUUUUGGUGGGAAAUGAAGAAAAGCACCAGUCACGAUAUCCUAUCACUGAAACUGUCCAUGACAACAUGGAAACACAAAGAGAGAUGGAGAAUUCCAAAACGGAGCAAACUACAGUGCAGGUCAAACAAAACAGACAUAAUGACAAGUCACCUUUCUUGAAUCCUAAACUAAUGGACUAUGUAGAAGUUCAUAAAGUCAGACAAGAUGAGGAGCCAACAGUAUUACUGAAACAUAAAGAUAAUAGUGGAAAGACUGAAAAAUACACUGUUCCCGGAACCAGCAAAGAAUAUACCAAGGUCUCAACAGUUGUGGACCAUAAUAUUCUAGUAUUAAUGCCAGAUUCACGCAUCCAGCACACACCUGUAUCUCAAGAACCUACAAUGGAAACAUCACAGAACCUUCAGCAAGGUCAAGCUGAGAAAAAUAUGAGCUACUGCCUGACAGCUCCAAGUGACUGCAAAAGAGAGACCAGUGGAUCAGAGUAUAUGGACCCAUCUUCCUUUAUGCCCUCUUUUAAAUAACUAGUUAGUACAGUACAUACUUAUAUAUGUCCAGUAAAACAAAAUAACGUAGCAAACAGUUCUUCAAAAAGCCUAGCCUCCAAAAACCUAGUCUCCUGUGUGUAUUGUACAGAUAAUAAAAUAGACAGUGGGUUGAGGUCAUAAUCAUGGAAGUUAAUCUUGGAGCAUUGACACAUGUUUCUGACACAGUGAAAUGAGGAAAUGGAUAUUGUCUGCCAUGAAAAUACAUAGCAAAAUAAUUAUUCAGUUCUGCAAAGCUGUUAAUUGAGUAAGCCUGAGGGAGUACUGCAGGUUCAACAAAGAUGAAAAUUGUUAUGGGUCAGUCAGCACACCAUGGUGAUUGGAGCAGUUCCUACAUUAGAUAAAUUAUUGCACAACAGUAUUGUUAUCUACAGUGUACUUUCUUCUGAAUGCAUUCUGACACAAGAUUAAGUUUUCUUUAUAUAUUUUCUCAAUUCUCGAAAAAAAAGGAGUUACUGUAUAUGACAAAUCAAAUAUAAAAAGAAUAUAUUCUACAAAUUACAGUAAAAUAACAAAUUCUUCUAAAGAUAUUUUUGCUUUGUUUCAAUGUGAUAGAAAACUUUGCAUCCCAUUCAUAUCCUAGUCCAAUCAAACCAAACAUUAAAAAAAUAGCAGGACAAUAUUUGAUGUAAUGCCUUACUGUAUAUAAUAUAAAGUUCUACUUUAAUAUAAGCCCAUAUGUUUAACAAUGUAUUUUAAAGGCUAUUUUUCUAUUACCAAAAAAAGAGCAAAAUAAAAUAUUUUUUAAUUUCCCGGUGUUAUUUAGCUACUUAGGAACUUUUCUGUUUCCUUCU